UCCAUGCUGCGCCUCACAACGUCCAAGUUCCAACUAAGCAAAGCAUGAAACUCGCUCUCACGAUCAGUCAGCUAAUACAACCAAAACCCACCUCUCUUUACAUCUAUAUAUAUAUAUGCUCCAAUUCACUCUUCCUUAUCAUCAUCAUCUAUGAAAAUGAACUACUUUCAGACUCUUAAUUUGCUGCUUAGCUUAGCCUUCCUGCAGCUUGGUCUUGACUUGGCAGACACUAGUACUGCUGAUGGUGGUUCAGUGAUGCCAGCGGCCAGUGGUGGUGUUGGUGUUGAGAGCAUCAUCAACCCAGCACUGUUUGAUCAAAUGCUGAGGUACAGAAAUGAUGGGAGGUGUCAAAGUAAGGGCUUCUACACUUACAACGCCUUCGUUGAGGCUGCUCGCUCCUUUGAGGGCUUUGGCACCACCGGCGACGUUGAUACCCGAAAGAGAGAGAUCGUUGCUUUCUUCGCUCAAACCUCUCAUGAAACCACUGGAGGGUGGCCAAGUGCACCAGACGGUCCAUAUGCAUGGGGAUAUUGUUUGAUUAGAGAACUCAACGGAGGACUUUACUGUACAUCCCCUCAACAUCCAUGCGCUCCCGGUAAACAAUAUUAUGGACGAGGACCAAUGCAAAUCACCCACAACUACAACUAUGGAGAAGCUGGUAAGGCACUUGGAGUGGAUCUUAUAAACAAUCCUGAUCUGGUGGCUACUAAUCCAGUGAUUUCAUUCAAGACUGCUAUAUGGUUUUGGAUGACCCCACAGGGAAGCAAGCCAUCCAGUCAUGAUGUGAUCAUCGGACGGUGGAAACCGUCCAUGGCAGACAAGAAAGGGAGUCGGUACCCAGGCUAUGGUGUGAUCACCAACGUAAUCAACGGUGGGCUUGAGUGUGGUCAUGGGCCUGAUAGUAGGGUGGCUGAUAGGAUUGGGUUCUACAAAAGGUAUUCUGAUAUCUUAGGUGUGGGCUACGGGAACAACUUGGACUGCUACAAUCAGAGGCCCUUUCCCUGAAUUGGCCAGGCAAGGCCCAUUAAGUCAACCCAAUAUGUUUGUGUCAUGGUACUAAAUAAAGAGUGGCAGAUAGCCACUAUGUAAAAUGUAAUGUAAUGUGUGCUAGAUAAUAUGGGCACAACUUGGACUGGGACAAUCAAAGGCCCUUCCCCAAAGUUGGCCCAAGAAAUCUAAGAUGUAUUAUGUAAUGUUGCUUGUUAAAUAAAAGAGAGCAAUCAAACA